UGGACAUCUAGAUAUGUGCUAUAACGUAAAACUACCAAAAUGCAGUAUAUAUAUAUUAUGCAUGAACCCUCCCAGAAUACAUUCUACUGCACAGACAAUCUCGGGAUCCGACACGAGGAACGAAGAAUAAACACGUUUCGACCAAAAAAAGGCGAGGCAAGUAAGGCCGAUUUCCCCACACUACCGCGAUUCCAACCCAAGAGUUCCACCUCGUAUCGCGUGAUCACCUGCAUAAUUUUGGCGCCCGUGUACACUACAGUUGUAUGUCAAAGUUUGGAAAGUCGAUCUUAUCAAUGAUCUGUACCGUAGCCUUUUUCCGGACCGCAGAAAAUAAAAAAGAACCAAAAAAAGAAAACUUGGAUGCAUAGACAAAGUCGACUGCCGAAACCUGCAAUCUAGUAGCAGCAUAACAUAGCCCAACGCAAAGAAGAAGAAAAAAAAGAGGCUGGAUGGAUUCGGGUGCGGGG